AUGUUGCGACGACUGAGCCGCGCCGCGAGCGCGCGCGUGGCGAUCGAGCGCGCGUACGCGACGGCGACCAAGGGAGGGGCGCCGGUGAAGGAGAUUCGGGCGCCUGUGCAACAGUUCGGCACGAGCGGACGAUACGCCACGGCGUUGUACGUGGCGGCGACGAAGGCUGGAAACUUGAAGACCGUCGAAGGUGAACUCGAACAGCUCACGAGUUUGGUGGCGAAGGAUCUUAAGUUUAAGCAGUUCUUGAUGGACCCGGCGAUGAAGAAGAGUCAGAAGUUGGCGGGUGUGAAGGAGUUCUGCGCGGGCUCAAAGUUCACGUCGACCAUGAGCAACUUCUUGGAGGUCAUGGCGGAGAACGGGCGAUUGAAAGAACUCCAAAAGAUCGCUCUCCGCUUCGAAGAGCAGUGCAUGGCGUCGAGAAACGAGGUCAAGUGCGUGAUCACGACAGCGCAAGAGCUCACCCCAGCGCAACUCACCAAGGUCACGGAUUCAAUCAAGGGACACGCGCCGCCGGGAUCGACGCUCAAGAUUGACGCGAUUGUUGAUCCGCGUCUCAUUGGUGGUUUGACAGCGAGCAUUGGUGAAAAGUACUUCGAUCUUUCCUUGAUGACCACGAUCAAGCGCUACGAGGACGUCAUCGCCGCUCCUCUUUAG